CAGCCAUUUUCGCGUGUCUGCUGUGUCUCUUUUUCUCCUCUGCAGCCGGGAAUGAGCCCAGCCAUCACCGACGCCUCCACUUGAAAAAUUGAAAAUUUUCCAGAUCUGCUGUCUUCUUCCUCCUCUGCUGCUGGCUGCUGCUGGGGUGAACUCAGGUUUUUCCUGUGGUCCCGUGGAAGCCUCCCCAAUUUCCGCCAGCUCUUCCCCCCCAUACCCACCAGCUCCAACCUUGCUUGCUGAGGAUUUCUGGUUCUUUAUCGUCCUGUGACCCUGGCAUUUGGAUUAAGCCUUCUGUCUUGUGCAAUUAAGGUAAGUAAAUUAUGGUAAUGCCCUUAAAUUUUAAAGCAUAUUUUAACUUGUUUUGGUGUGGUUUAAAUGGAUUUAUUUGCAUUUGAGCAUGAUUAAAAUGGAAAUUGAACUUUUAUUAUUUUUCUUAUUUUCUAGAAUUGAGCAUGCCAACAUGAGAUUCUUUCGAUUUAUUCUUGAAAGUGAGAACGAUUGUGAAUCGUGGAAUUUUUCCGUAAAUUUUGCUUGGUUUUGUCUUCGAUAUGGUCAUGUUAUUCGUGUGCCCGCUAGUGAGAGGUUUAUAAACGCUAGCACAUGUCGACAUGUUUACUGAUAGAACCGGUUCGCUCGUGUUAUCCUACUAGUGGGAUUAUACACUAGUAAUCGUGUGCUUGCCAAUGGGAGGUUUAUAACACUGGUCAUGACUAAUAGAAAAGACCACUAUUUAAUUUAUUCUGCAUUAAUGGUUUGUUAUUGAGAUGCUCUGUUUAUGUUUAAACUGUUUAUUUGGCAUGCUUUAAAUUUUGAUAUUGGGCACCCAUAUUUACUUAAUGAGAUAUUUUAUCUCAUAGUUUUCCUUGUCCACCAUUUCAGGUAGUGAGACCUGACGCAUGGGGAGCCCGGGGGAGUGACGAGCUAGACGGCUAAGCAUUUUUUGGACUUAGGUUUUUGUAGCUAGGUCGUUAGUCACCCAUGCUGACUUAGAAAUUUUUGUGUACAGAACCCCAUUAGUAUAGAAAUGACUGUAUAAAUGAAGUUAUAAAUCUUUGUAUAUUUU